UGUGAACUCUUCUACUACAGACCAGAGGGGAAGGACUAUUCCAUUCAUCGACUGAUCCUGGGGACCCACACCUCGGACGAGCAGAACCACCUGGUGAUCGCCAGCGUACAGCUGCCCAACGAGGAUGCCCAGUUCGACGCUACGCAGUACGAUAGCGAGAAAGGUGAGUUUGGCGGGUUCGGGUCGGUCAGCGGGAAGAUUGAAAUCGAGAUCAAGAUCAACCACGAGGGCGAGGUGAACCGGGCGCGCUACAUGCCCCAGAACCCCUGCGUCAUCGCCACCAAGACUCCCUCCAGCGACGUGCUGGUGUUCGACUACACCAAGCACCCCUCCAGACCUGGUGGGUCAUUUACAUGUGUACUGAUAACAAAAAUGGAAACUAGAAAGGCAACAUUGUUGCAAAAUGUGUGGUUAGUUUGUUAGGUGUGACAGUAUCGC